AUGGCCAUCGAGAAGGGUGCACCUGGUCAGAAGGGCGUGAACUGGUCCAACAUCGCUGUCGGCGGAAUCAUGAACAUGGCCACGACUCUCGGGCAGCCACUCGAAGUCAUCAAGACGCAGAUGGCGGCCAACCGAUCGCAGACCAUGCUCCAGGCUUUGCAAACAAUAUGGAGCCGAGGAGGUGUACUGGGCUUCUAUCAGGGUCUCAUUCCAUGGGCGUGGAUAGAGGCAUCCACAAAGGGUGCUGUCCUGCUGUUUACCGCGUCGGAGGUGGAGACGGCCGUGGUGGGCAUGGGCAUCAGCCCUGGAGCCGCUGGAUUGCUGGGUGGCAUGACAGGUGGUGUUGCACAGGCGUACGCGACGAUGGGUGUCUCGACAUGCAUGAAGACCGCAGAGAUCACGCGGCAUAAGCAGGCCGCGGCGGGUGUCAAACCUCCUUCGACGUGGGCCGUGUUCGCGGAUAUCUACCGCCGGGAAGGUAUCCGAGGCGUUAACAAGGGUGUCAAUGCUGUCGCGGUGCGGCAGAUGACCAACUGGGGCUCAAGAAUGGGCUUCGCUCGUCUUGCCGAAGACAUGAUCCGGAAGUUUAAGGGCAAGGGCGAGAAUGACAAACUGACUGCGUUCGAGAAGAUCAUGUCGUCGACAGCGGGUGGUGCGUUGGGAACAUGGAAUCAGCCCAUCGAGGUCGUCCGAGUAGAGAUGCAAUCAAUGGCGAAAUCGAAAAACCCCAACCGCCCACAGAAGGUCACGAUCGCGAACACGCUGUCAUAUAUCUAUAAGGAGAAUGGCUUCAAGGGUCUCUAUCGCGGAGUCACGCCUCGUAUCGGUCUCGGUAUCUGGCAAACGGUAUGCAUGGUGUCCUUUGCUGACUAUGUGAAGGUUUGGUGCGUGAUUCUUCCUCGUCUUCUAGCAUGCUGGUAUUGGAGCUGA